AUGAACUAGCUGCACCAUUAUCCUGCAAAUUUAAGUUCUGUUUACAUUCAAAAGAGGAAUUAUGAACUCCAUAAGAAUAAGCUAAAUGAUAUAGAGUUUAAGUAAAGAUCAACAUUCAUUAAAUCUGUUUCUCCUUCUCCUAUCAGUAUAAUAAAUAAACCAUAAAGCAAGAAUUUUGUGAUGAGUGAAAAAAAUAAUAAAAUUAAGAGAGAAAAUACAAGACUUCUUGAUAAACUUAUUUAGAUUUCUUAGAGAAAUCCAGAAUAUAAAAGAUUUAAGAGUUAAAACCAGUCUUAAGAUACUCACUCCAAAUCUUUCAAUUAUAGGAAAACAGAAACUCAAAAAAUAUACCAAGAAAACUAAAGAUUAGCCAACAGGUUACUAACCGCAGAAGCCGUUACUAAGAAAAGUGAACUUGAAAAGUAGUAUCAGCAAUAAAGGAAAAUAAAACAAAGAAUAACAAGAUCAGAUUGGUAGCUCGCCCUUCCUCAAUCAAGCAAAAAUGCUAUUUCUCGACAUUUGAUUGCAGCCUCAUUUGACAGAUUUUAACUUCCUUACGUACCUGCUCCUAAUUCUUUAAACUAAAUAAAUAUGAGUCUUUAAUUUCCUAUUUAAGUUGGUUCAUAAGAAAGGUCUGGUUCUGUAAAUGGCUAAAGGACUAAAACUUCUUUUUCUAUAGACAGACAAAACUUCAGAAUGAAUACUGAACCAAUUCAAUAAGGUUCAACUCCGUAAUCAAAUUUCUAUCUCAAAAAUCCCUAUCUGUAGUAGUAGCUGAAUUAGUAAUAAAAAUCUUUUAAUUAAGAUAUUGACGAAGAUAUCUAAAUCGAUUUGAACGAUAGUUAAAUAAAUUUGGAAAUGUAGAAUAAUUAGUUUUAAUAAAAACAAUAUGAAUGUAAUUAAAAUAGUAAUAAAAAUAUGCCUAACAAUAACAACUAAAACAGAGGAGAAAAAUAUGGAACAAAACUAUUUCUUAUAAAUUAGUAAUAUACUACUCCUAAUUAGCAGCAUUAAAUAUUACCCAAUCAAUAAUUUUAAUUACCAAACUAAUAUGGAAAUAAAGAGAAUCUAAAUAAAUUAGAAAUUAACACUUAUUCAACAAAUCGAAAUAGCACAAAUAGCAUUCCUCCUAGUAAUUAAAACAAUUAAAAGUAAUUUUAACAAAGUUUUAAUGGUUUUAAUAAUCAAAACUUUAACACUUUAUCACAACCAACAGUUUUUAACAGGACUAUGCAAUUAAAAAAUUAAGGUCUGUAAAAUUAGAAUGAAUUUUGA